GUUGUAAUACGUAAAGUAACAUUUCCUCGGACUCAACGUGACGAAAAUGUAGUUGCUCCUAAGCAAAAUGUUAAUCGCGAGACAGCAUCUAAUAUAUCCAAUGCCUUACCAUCGAAAAAGAUUACUACUAAUGUAUAUACGCAACAUAAAAGAGCUGCAUUGAACGAUGUUAGCAAUAUCAGCAAUAUCCCUGUUAUAAACUCUAAGCAUACAACCACCAACCAAUUGGAUGUCGUUGCUAUAAAGCAAACCUCAAAAGAGUUGGCCCAUAAUCAACCAUUAAAACAAUAUACUGGCGUCGUAGCAAAAAAACGCACCGUACUCACAGAACGUGUUAACAUACCGGUUCCCGAUGCGAACAAAUUGCAGCAACCUUUAAUUGUCAAUGCUGAAGUUGAUAAAAAUCGCGCAAAGAAACCUAAAACACAAGAAUGGGACGACCUUGAUGCCGAUGAUUUGAGCGACCCCAUGAUGGUAUCUGAGUAUGCAGUGGACAUUUUCGAUUAUCUUAAAGAAUUAGAGGCCGAAACAAUGGCCAAUCCUCGUUAUAUGGAAGUACAAACGGAGUUAAGUUGGAAAAUGCGAGGCAUUCUUGUUGAUUGGUUGAUUGAAGUACAUAGCAAGUUCCGUCUGCUCCCAGAAACCUUGUUUUUGGCCGUCAACAUUAUAGAUCGGUUUCUUUCUGUCCGUGUUGUCUCUCUUAUUAAACUUCAAUUGGUGGGAAUCACUGGAUUAUUUAUUGCAUCGAAGUACGAAGAAGUUAUGGCUCCAUCAAUCAAAAAUUUUAUUUACAUGGCAGACAACGGGUAUACAGAGGAAGAAAUCCUUAAAGCCGAACGAUAUGUUCUUCAAACCAUUGACUUUAAACUGUGUUAUCCAAAUCCCAUGAAUUUUCUCCGACGAACUUCUAAAGCUGACAAUUUCGACGUUCAAUCUCGCACUGUUGCCAAGUACCUUAUGGAGAUAUCACUUGUCGAUCAACGUUUCCUAUCUAUGACCCCCUCUAUGAUCGCAGCCGCAGCUUUAUAUUUGGCUAGGAAAAUGCUUAAUCGUAGCGAAUGGAAUAUUAAUUUAAUCCAUUAUUCAACAUUCACCGAAGAGGAGCUUCAACCGUGUGUAAGAUUGAUGCUUGAUUACUUGGUAAAACCUA